AUGCGGAGACCAUUCUUUCUCUUCAUUCUAUUCAAUCUUUCCCUCCCGGCUGCAGUUUCUGGUGAAUUUCUGGAAAGGUCCGAUGCUUAUGGAAGAAUCUGGGAGAGCAGGACACCUCCUGACGGAAUGAAACAAGACGUGUCUCAUAAUCACCUCGUUUUUGUUUUUCUGGCAUUUCUUGUCCUUAGCGCCGUGAUCUUGUUUUCUCGCUACUGCCGCAUUGUAUGUCUCCGUCCACGUGUAAAAAAUGCUUCUCGCCGUAUCCGGGGAGCUUAUCGAGCCAGGGGUCACCACACUGUUCACUACAUGAGAGGCCUCGACAUUGAUGACUCAGAGUUUUGUACAGAAUCUAUGAUAGAAAUGCCUACCAGACUAAACAUGGGAAAAUACUCAGCGGUAUUGACAAAUCUGGCGGAUGGAAGGAAAAAGUGUAAUAUUUGCAACCGAUUCUUCAACGAGCAAAAAGACUCCGGCACAAAUUUGUAUCGCUAUCAUUUUAAGAAGAAACACCCAGCAGAAUGGAAGAAGGUAUCUGGUGAAGACACCAGUGAUGUAGAAGACGACGGUCCGCCAGUGAAGAAGCCAGCACUUCAGCAGAAAAGCAUCCCUGAAAUGUUCUCCGAUUUCACUCCCGAUGGUCAGAAAACCGCAUCUAUCGAACGAGCUGUUAUGCAACUGAUAGCCGCCGCACUUUUGUUACUUUUUGUUACUUGUGCUUGUUCAUCUAUUGUUUUCCAUUUCAUUUUUGUGCUUUUUGUUGUUUUUGUCAAAUAA